ACUUGCAAUUAAACCAAAGAAGAAGGGGUUUGCAGGAUCAGAAGGACAGAGGGUUUAAGCAAAUCUCCAAGAAAGAAUUAUGGCAUCAAUGGCGAAUCAAGAAAUAAAGCAAGAACAGCAAGAAGAAGAUUACGGCGUGUUGUUAUACUACAAGUACGCCACCAUUCCCGAUCUUGAAGCACUAUUCAACUUCUAUGAGUCCAAUUGCAAGUUUCUUUCCCUCCUGGGUCGUGUCCGCCUCUCUCACAAUGGCGUCAACGUCACUGUUGGGGGAAGGUUAUCUUCUUUGAAGGAGCACAUUGCUGCAGUGAAGUUGAAUUGUCUGUUUGAAGGGACAGACUUUAAGCUUGCAUCUUGCCAUGAACCAUCAAAUGAUAGGGUCGCCGUGGAAUGUGGAUUUACUUCCCUCUCCAUACGUAUAGUUAAGGAAUUGGUAACUUUAAGUUCCUGUCCCCUUCCAAGUUCACCACCUGAUAUUUCAAAUGCGGGGAAGCAUCUAUCUGCGGCCGAAUUCCACUCUGUCCUUCACAAUGUUGGGAACCCUCAAGACAAACUGAUUUCAAGCAGCGAUAAAGGAACUGUCCUUGUUGAUGCAAGGAAUUUAUAUGAGACUAGAAUCGGGAAGUUUUAUACUCCAAAUGUGGAGACUUUGGAUCCAGAAAUCCGGCAGUACAGUGACCUUCCUUCUUGGAUAGAUAACAACUCUGAGAAGUUGUGUGGGAACAAUAUUCUCAUGUACUGUACGGGAGGAAUUAGAUGCGAGAUGGCAUCAGCCUAUAUCAGGUCUAAAGGUGCCGGCUUUGAAAAUGUUUUCCAGCUUUAUGGUGGGAUACAACGAUAUCUGGAGCAAUUUCCUGAUGGUGGUUUUUUCCGAGGAAAGAAUUUUGUCUUUGACCACAGGGUUUCAGUUGGAAGCUCAGAUUCAAGAAUUUUGGGUACUUGUCUUCUCUGUAGUUCUCCUUUUGAUGAUUACUCGUCACGGACCCGGUGCACGUACUGUAGGAUGCUUGUAUUAGUCUGUGAUAAUUGCCGGGCGAAGGAUUCUUCUUAUGUUUGUGAACUGUGCCAGAAAAACAGCCAGUGUAUUCAGCUAACUUCAGCAACAGAGUUUGACAACUCAGUGGAAAUAUCAGAAGUCAGGGAGCUUGAAGCUGUCUCUACCUCGGAUAGAAUUGCUCCAUCUCCCUUGGUUUCAGGACCCAGGACAUUGCGAAAACUGAGAAUUCUUUGCCUUCAUGGCUUCCGCCAGAAUGCUUCUGGUUUCAAAGGCAGAACUGCAUCGCUGGCCAAGAAACUCAAGAGCAUUGCUGAACUUGUUUUUGUGGAUGCACCUCAUGAAUUGUCUUUCAUUUAUCAAAUUCGUAGAAACUGCGAUUCUGCAUCAGAAAUGGAAAAUAACCGUCCAUCCUCAGAGAGUUGCAGUAUAAAGUUCUCAUGGUUAGUUGCACCUGAUCACAAGGGAGAGAACGAUUCUGAUUGGAAGAUAGCUGAUAGUCCAUUUGAUCCUCUUCAGUACCAGAAACAAACUGAAGGUUUCGACAAAUCAAUUGCAUAUUUAAAAGACUUAUAUUCUAAAACAGGCCCUUUCGAUGGAAUAUUGGGAUUUUCACAAGGAGCUGCAAUGGCCGCUUUAGUUUGCCUACAUCAGCAGAAGCUAAGAGGAGAGAUGGAAUUCAGAUUUGCAAUUCUGUGCUCCGGAUUUGCUGUUAAUAUGAACAAUUGUCAGCAGGGUUCAAUCAAUGUUCCUUCACUUCAUAUAUUUGGCAACGACAAGGGUAAAGAUAGACAGAUAGAGAGCCAAGCUAGUAGACAUCUUGCUUCUGUGUUUGAGAAUGGUUGCUCUGUUGUUAUUGAACAUGACUUUGGUCAUAUAAUUCCUACAAGACCUCCAUAUAUAGAACAGAUAAAAGAAUUCCUCAAACGUUUCAUGUAAGUCAAAGCCUUGAUGCACACCAUCUUUUGCUGUAAAAGAUUUGGGGAUUAUGCUUA